UGCCCUAUAAAAAUGCCCAUUUGCCUAUUACUCAACUCCCAGUUUUUCCAAACCCAUUUUGCCAAAUUUGGAACUUCUUUCUCAGAAACCCAAAAACAUGAACAUCAAGAAGCUCUCCUUCCUCUUGCUUGCUAUCCUCACCCUCCGGUGCCUCAAGCCCAUCUCAGCAGCCUGCCACGUGGACGACGAAGCGGGUCUACUUGCCUUCAAAUCGGGCAUCACAGCUGACCCAUCCAACAAGCUCAGCUCAUGGAAACCGGGUACGGACUGCUGCGCGUGGGCGGGCAUAAACUGCUUAAACAACAACCGGGUCACAAGCCUCCGUCUCGGGGGUCAACCCGACCAACCCAACACCUUCUUAUCGGGUAAAAUCUCACCCUCCCUCUCAAAACUCAAGUUCUUAGACGGCAUAUAUCUCCAAAACCUCAACCUCUCGGGUCCAUUCCCGGAUCUCCUAUUCGGGCUGCCCAACCUCCUAUUCGUCUACAUCGAACACACCAGGCUCUCGGGUCGGAUACCCGAUAAGAUCGGCAACUUGACCCAGCUCUUUUCACUCAGUUUUUAUUACAACCUGUUCACCGGUCCAAUCCCGAGCUCAAUCUCCAAGUUGACUCGGUUGUCGCAGCUCAACCUGGGCGGCAACCUCUUAACCGGGUCGAUACCGUACGGCAUUAAAAACCUCAAUAGCCUCAACCUGUUCAAUCUCGAGCGAAACGGUUUGUCGGGUCUCAUACCCGAUUUCUUCAGCUCAUUUUCGGAGCUCCGAAUUCUCAGGCUUUCCCGCAACAAAUUUUCCGGGAAAAUCCCAGCUUCAAUUUCAGCUUUGGCGCCAAAACUGGCUUACCUUGAGCUCGGUCACAAUGCCCUGACGGGUCAAAUCCCAGAUUUCCUUGGAAAUUUCAAGGCCCUCGACACCCUUGAUCUCUCAUACAAUGGCUUCUCGGGAAUUGUGCCCCAGAGAUUUGUGAAUUUGACCAAGAUUUUCAACCUUGAUCUUUCUCAUAAUUAUCUCACCGACCCAUUUCCACAAUUGAAAGUGAAGGGCAUCGAGUCCCUCGAUUUGUCUUACAACAGCUUCCAUUUGAACCAAAUUCCCAAAUGGGUUACUUCAUCGCCAAUCAUUUACUCUCUGAAGCUUGCAAAGUGUGGGAUUAAGUUGAAAUUGGAGGACUGGAAGCCUGCAGAGACGUAUUUCUAUGAUUUCAUAGAUUUAUCCGAGAACGAAAUUACGGGCAGUCCGAUUGGGUUGCUUAACAAGACUGAUUUCUUGGUGGGUUUUUCGGCUUCUGGAAAUAAGUUGAAGUUCAAUCUGGAGAGCUUGAGGAUUGUGAAGACGUUGAAGCAAUUGGACUUGUCCAGGAAUUUGGUUUUUGGGAAAGUGCCCAGUGGAGUUUCAGGGCUUAACAGAUUGAAUGUGAGCCACAACCAUCUGUGUGGACCAAUUCCAGCAACCAAGUUUGCUGCUUCAGCGUUUUUGGGGAACGAUUGUCUUUGUGGUGCUCCACUGGCAGCAUGUCAGUAGAGGAAGAUUGCCUUGCCUUGCCUAGCGAGCACAUAACAAGAAGCUUGAAGGAAAUAAAGGGCAGGGAGAGAGAAGUUAGGGUCAUUAUAGUUGAUCUUGGGAGAAGAAACGGUGCAAUGUCUCUCUCCUUAUCUUGUAUGUCAAUGUAGAGUUAAUCUUAUUAGCAGUUGAAACAAAAGCAAAGGGAAAGGUAACGAAAAAAUCAAUGAACUUUGUUGUUGGAGGAACCUGAA